GGUGCCAGCCCCGGCCCGGAAGUGCAGCGGCGGCGAGCGGCACCUCCUGUAAUAUUCAUAAUUAAAAUGGCAAAACCAACUGAUCCUUCUGAGAAACUGAUCAUCCACUCCAAAGCUCACAAAGAUACCAUUCUAGCCAAUUUUGAGGAACAAAGAAAAAAGGAUUUUCUUUGUGACAUUACUCUGAUAGUGGAGAAUGUGCAAUUUAGAGCCCAUAAAGCUUUGCUGGCUGCCAGCAGUGAAUACUUCUCAAUGAUGUUUGUAAAUGAGGAUGAAAUAGGGCAGUCAGUUUAUAUGUUGGAGGGAAUGGUGGCAGACACCUUUGGAGUUCUACUAGAAUUUAUUUACACUGGUUGCCUCUGUGCUAGUGAGAAAAGCACAGAACAAAUCCUGGCUACUGCUCAGCUGCUGAAAGUAACUGACUUGGUCUGGGCCUGUACAGACUACCUGGAAAGCCGCAGCCCAGGCAGUGCAUUGCCAGCUGCAGCUGAAAGUGCAGCCUCUGUUGUUGCCAGUGACAGGAAAAAUGAUGAUCCACCAAAGCGAAAACGGGGGCGGCCAAGGAAGAUCAAGAUUGUCCAAGAGGAAGAAGAAGAAGAAUCAGGAGCAAAUUCUGCCGAGGAUGGGCAGCUGAGAGAGAACAACUCUGUGCAAAAUGAGCAAAAUUAUAUGAAAAAAGACACUGAAGCAGAAGAAACAGUUGCCAAUGAACAGGCUUCGGUGGGGAAAGAUGGAGAAGAAAGUGAACCUGCUUGUGGCUCAGAAGCUGCUGUUGAUCUGUCAGCUGAGAAAGAUGAAAACUACGAUCCCAAAUCUGAAGGAAUACAGAGCACUCAGAGCCGUUACAGCAAACGUAGAAUAAGGAGAUCAAUCAAACUAAAAGAUUACAAACUUCUUGGGGAUGAGGAUGAGAAAGGACUGGCAAAGAGAGCUGAUGGAAAAAGAAAGCGUGUGGGUUCUGAAGCUCGCUGUAAAGACUGUGGCAAAGUAUUUAAGUACAGUCAUUUCUUGGCUAUUCAUCAGCGAAGCCAUACAGGGGAACGCCCUUUUAAAUGCAGUGAGUGUGGCAAAGGCUUUUCCCAGAAGCAUUCUCUUCAAGUGCAUGAGCGGAUGCAUACCGGGGAACGGCCAUACACAUGCACCAUUUGCAGUAAGGCUCUGACAACAAAGCAUUCUCUUCUGGAGCACAUGAGCCUACAUUCAGGGCAGAAGGCUUUUACCUGUGAUCAGUGUGGGAAAUACUUCAGCCAAAAGAGACAGCUCAAGAGCCACUAUCGACUACACACAGGCCGUUCACUGCCGGAAUGUAACCAGUGUCGUCGCAAAUUCAUGGAUGCAGCUCAGCUAAAGAAACAUCUAAGAACACACACAGGUGAGAAGCCCUUCACUUGUGAGAUUUGUGGCAAAUCAUUUACAGCUAAAAGUUCACUUCAGACUCACAUUAGAAUUCACAGAGGAGAAAAGCCAUAUUCUUGUGAUAUAUGUGGAAAAUCCUUCUCUGAUUCCAGUGCUAAGAGAAGACAUUGUAUCUUACACACAGGCAAAAAGCCUUUUGCCUGCCCAGAAUGUAGUUUGCAGUUUGCUCGUCUGGACAACCUGAAGUCUCAUUUGAAAAUUCACAGCAAGGAAAAGCAGUUCCAGGAAGGCAGCGCCGCCCCGAGCGCCAACGCUCAUCCGGAAGAAGUGCGGAACAUUCUCCAGCUGCAGCAGUACCAACUUGCCACCUCGGGAGGGCAGGAAAUUCAGCUGCUGGUUACAGAUGCAGUACACAACAUCAACUUCAUGCCCAGCCACAAUCAAGGCAUCAGCAUUGUGACUGCAGAAAAUGCCCCCAGCAUGACCACAGAGCAGGCUGCCAACCUCGCGCUCCUUGCGCAGCCGCCGCAGCAGCUGCAAAACUUGUUGCUUUCAGCUCCGCAGGAGCAAGCAGAACAAAUUCAAAGUAUCAAUAUGAUUGCAAACCAAAUAGAGGCUGCCCAGCCUGAGCAAAUGCAUGUCAUCACUCUUUCCAAGGAAGCGCUAGAACAUCUCCAUGCUCAUCAAGGACAAAAUGAACAAAUCCACUUGCCGGGAUCUUCACAUCCAGCUCAGCACGUGCAGCUGGCUCAGGAAUCAAGUCAGCAGUCUCGCUCUAACCACGACACGGUUCCUUCCCAUCAAGUCAGUGAGGAACAGAAUCAAAGUGUACUUGUUUCUGAAUCCCAUCAGCAGCCUCUGUCAGUGAAUGAGUCAUCUCCUGAGCAUCCUAUCCAGGGACAGGCUUUCUGAAAUGCUUGUUCGUCAGCAGACGGCUAGGCUGGAGAAUGCUUCUCAUCCCAGCAGGGAUUACAUGUGUCACGUGGGGUUUUUUUGCAGCAUAAGCUAUCCAAAGAUGCAUUUCUUGGUGAUUUUGGAUGAGUGACUCAAUUUCCUUGACCAUAUUUAUUUUAGACUACUUUGUUUUUCUGGAUUGGUAUUUCUUUACCAUACUUAGUCCUCACAAGUAUCUCAUAAGCAAUUAAUGUGGGGUUUUGUGCCUCAUUCACAUCUCUGCCUCCUGAGGAGAUAUUUAGCCCUUAUUUGCAUUUCUGAGUGACUCUCCAGAGAAGUUCACCUGGCUGGUAGGAGAACAAUGUUUAGGACAUCUGUGGAUCACAAAGUACCACUUCCCUGACAAACUUAACCUUAUACCUGAGCUACUGUCAAGCUUAAGACAACCAGUACUUUUUACAAAGCUAACACCAUAUUUCUUCUGUUUAAUGAGCUUUCUCUCUGCAGGUUAAUGUAUAAUUCUCUAUGUAAUCAUUCCCUGAAGUGCAUUAUGAGUUACUGACUACCAAAUUCAUUUGGUUUGAGUUGAAACUGUUUGCAGCCUUUAACUAGCCCUGAAUCUUCCCUCCUGUUUACCGUGUGCUGUACACAUCUUUCUCCUCAGAAACAUUUAAGCCAUUGCACUUGAAUAGUGGCAAUGAGAUGCAGUGGUUACACUGGAGAACUGAAACCCCACAGAUUCUGCUCUGUUAGUUCUGCCACUCACUCUCUGUGUGACUGUGGGCAAGGGAGUUGACCUCUGUGCCUUAUUUCAUCAUCUAGUAAGUGGGGAUAGUGUUCACACACUCUGCCAAGCACUUUGAAGAGCUCUUGAUGUUGAAAGCACUGUCUCUUGAAGUGCAAAACCCUCUUCCUGACAGGAUUCUGUCUAAGCUUAGGAACCACUGUAUAUUUAAAAUGUUAUUUUUUGUAUUUUUGAGAGAAGAACAUAAUCUUACUUUAAUAUAUGUUAAGACUGGUAAUUGUUUAUGUGAGGAUUCAAACAAUGAAGAUCAUCACUUCAGAGCUUAACAAGUUACAUAAAUGGGGCACAUCACCUAAAGUUGUACAGCUAUUUUUGUUGACUAAAUUAGAUGUGUACAGAUUGUUUUCAAUGACUGACUGCUAACAAAAAAGAUUUAACAUGCUAAUAAAAUGCCUUGCCAAAAUACAUGCUUUCUGUUUUCAGGUUUGACUACUGGUAACACCUUUGCACUGGAGUGUUAAAAUCCAGAUAAAAUGCCACUGUUACUUAAAAGAACAUACUCAAUUGUCACUUCAGCUUUAAAAUGUCAUAUUUGUGAUUUAUAUGAAUGCUUAUGUUACAACAAACAAAAAAUUCUAAAAAACAUGGUGAAUUUAAAAGCAAAAUUACCCACAUUUUUUAUUUUUUCUUUUUCUUCCAAGUCCAGACUACUUGGCCUGCUCCUGACUGCAUGCUGCAGGACUUUGGCUAAGUAUCUCCAUGUGGUCAAAGUACUGGAUCACUUUUAUAUAAAUGGAUCAUGAUAAGGGUAGACAGUGGGAAUAAAUCAAUGCAAAGGUGUUUAGGCUUUUCACCUUUCCUCUCAGAAUGGAGAAAUAAAAUUGGCAUCCAUUCUGCCACCAAAGUGAACCAGCAUAUUCUGCAGUUCUG